AUCGCGAGUACGUAGCCUCGAGUGUUGUAUGUUCUUUGCGAUUCGUUCUGUGUGUUCAAUGUUGUGAGAGGACUGCUGUCCAGAAGAUGUAUUGUUGAUGUCACGCAUGUUCUUCAGGGAAUGUGUAUCUUUCGCGUAAAUUUUCUUACGUUUUGGUCAUGGCAAACGGAUGGAUAAGAUAUCAGCAUGAGUCUCUGCCCACGGAGACGCUUUCGCAUCACUCCUAUGCGAGCUCUAGCAGCGUUCUUUUUAAUGGUCGUGCUCUUCUGGUAUAGCCUCAGUCGGCAAGAAAUUCCACAGCAACCUUGUAGCGUGCCCGAAGAAUUCACCGAGAAAUUACAUGAGCUUGCUUACAGGGCUCAUUUGGUUCUCUCUAAGUUGAACAUCGUUCACUUUCUCUGUCUGGGUGGCCUUUGGGGUCAAGUUCGUAUAGGCCGUGCACUGCCGUGGGCUCGCAAAGUGGAACUAUGCUUGGUGGACACUCUCCGCGACGAUGUCUUGAUCACGAAGGCCUUUCGAGAGGUCGGUCUGAGUGCAACCUAUCUCCACGCGGCAGGAAUUUACAGAAUACAGGAACACGAGGUCGGCGAGGAUGCACCCAAAGUGGAGGUGGUUGUUUUCGAGGAAGACUCAGUGACACAGAUGGUAAGGAGAGUUGGUUGGACCAGAAGGGUCCUUCCUCCGGAUUGCGAGUUCUCGCCAAGUUUACAAUGCUUUCCACCGCAAUUAGUAAUACCGCCCUUACCGGCGAAACAAUUUGGCGGUCGAUUGAUGCCCGUGCCACGAGAAGGCAUAGAAUUACAAAAAUAUCAUUAUCCCAACGAUUGGUGGCUAGAAAUCAAGCCCACUGAUUGCACUGAACCUCAAGAGACGAAUGUGUAAUCCUUGUGUGAGAAAUUAAUUCUAGUGCAAUUAAAUUGUUUUCGUUAAAUCAUAACAUUUCCUAUGAUUUAAUCAGCCUGAAUAGAAUCUAAGUAUUAUGUUUCAGUUGACUUAAACACAGUGUCGAAACCGAAAUAAUUUAACCGAAUUAAUUUAAAAUUUAACUAUACAUAUUAUAGAAAAAAGAGGGUGACAGAUUUUAUUAUAGCAUAGAUAUUUUCUAGAAAUAGACGUGACGAGUAGAAGAGGUUGCAUGUGAUAAGAAUGAUAGUAAUAUGAAUAUUUUCUAAUUGUUUACAAAUUUAAUUUUAAUUUAAAAAAAGAAAAGAAUGAAUGAGUUUGAUUUGUGACUUCAAUGUGGCGACGCGAUUACUACUUAUAGAAAGUAUUCAAGUGUCGUUAAAUGAAAUCUAUUAAUAAUAAUGUUAUUGAUAAUGACUGAUUACUAUAAUUAUCGUAGCGAUUGUAUUAUUAGAAUUAUGAGUGGUGUCAAUUAGAAUUAAGUCAUAUUUUCUAACCAUUUUUUAUUCCAGACGUUCUUCUAUCA